CCCCUCUGUGUUCUAUCUGGCUGAGGGUGUCGUCGCUGCUCCCAUGCCGUAACGUCGACGCAUGUUUCCUGGGCCGAGCUGCUCCCGCCGAAGACUGGGGCGCAUUAACUAGCAAGUCGCGAAGGCCGCUCGCCACUCGUUCACUACUCGUCAACGUAAUUGCUUCUAGUUCCUGAAAGCGAUCAAGCAACUUCUGUAAUCCCGAGGGCAGCAGCAGCAGCACUGCCAGCAGCAUCCCAAUCCCAGCGCAUGCCCAGCUUCGCUUCGCCGUCUCUGUGGCUGUGGCAGCUAACUGCUAAGCUCCCCGCUGUACACACCACCCCACUAGUAGAUUAGAUGUAGAGAGCAUAGGUCUGUUGACCAUCGUGUACCAUUCUGUCACUAGUCAGGACUACAACUAUAACCAGGUCUUGUUACUUAUUCCCUACAGAGCAGAAUUCAGAAAUUGAAAGUAGCAUUGCAAUCUUCCCAAGACCUUGCUGCAAGUUUGUUGUUGUGAUCUUGGAAGACGAAGAAUAUGGAUAUGCAGACGGACUACAACUACACGCACGCCUUUCCUCCCUAUAGCUUUGCCAAUGGCGCCCUCACCGCGGAGCAGGCCGCCCAGCAAAUGGCCCUGUACAGUUUUCAGCAAGGCGUAGAACAGCUGCAACCCGUCUCCUCCGCUUCAACCGUGGCUGCCGUAGCGGGCAUGACCAUGGACGCACCUCUCCCUGUGGUCAGUGUGUCUGAUUCGGCAGCCGACACAGAUGAGUUCUCACCGGAUUCGGCCGCAGUAGACCCGAAUCUGAUGGACGCAGCCAUCCGCGACCUUGCCGAUGCCACAGCGGUAGUGUCCGCAGCUGCCGUUGCUUGUGAUCUGGGCGAGGAUGUAUUACACGCAGCCACCGAAGCUGGUCUGGAGGACGAAGACGAGGACGAGGACGAUGAAGACGACUCGUCGAAUUUGGAUUUCCAGCCUGGUCCGGAUGGCAAUGGUGUGAAUGGAACAUCGGCUACGGGUACUGGUGGUGGAACGGGUACUGGGACCACAGUGAAAAAGAAGAGACGUGGCAGAGUUAGGUUCACCGAUAGGCAGAUCGAAACGUUGGAGCAGCGCUUCGGCCAAGACCAGUACCUACCGGCUCUGGAGAGAACGCACUUGGCGUCCAUGGUGGGUCUGAACGAAUCCCAGGUGAAGACUUGGUUUCAGAAUCGCCGCGCCAAGUCCAAGAGAGCAGCAAAGAGGAAGGCGCGAGCAGCUGCAGCGCACUUGGUCACACAGCAACAACAACAGCAACAACAGCAACAGCAGCAGCAACAACAGCAGCAACAGCAGCAGCAAGGUGCUGCCAGCAUUCAAAUGGGAGCGAGGAACGCCGCGGCAGCAGUAGCCGCCAAUGUUUCAACAUACAACGCAGCGAGUAACGCGUACAAUUCGGCAGCGUUCAAUGCCAGUGCUGCUAUACAGUAUCAAGCUACACAGCAGGCUGCCGCAGCGGCUGCACUGCACAUGAACGCCUACGCAUCUCACCAGCCCUACGCUGCGACGGCCAUGUUGAAUGGCAUGGCAACCGCAGUACCGGGCAACACUGCAUCAUCGGCAGCCGCUUACGCCGCACAGCCUUACGCGGCUGCGGCGGCAGAGGCUGCUGCAGCCGCUGGUACACCAGCCAAUGCAAUCAACAUGGGCGGAUCGCCAACAUACCAGUCUGGAUCGCAACUUGCAUUCAGUGCAGCGAAUGCUGCGACGGCGUCAUUGUUCAGUGAUCCCCACUCGGCCGCUGCGGCGGCUGGUAGCUUACCGGACUACUACCGGUUUCUCAGCGCUAACUCAGUGCCAGCUAUUAUAUAGCGGUAGGCGGGUAGGUGCACAGUACUACAUGCACUGUCCUGACUCAGGGCAUUGCUGAUAAGUUUACAGACACAGUGAUUCAGUAUAACGUGACCUACUGUAGGUGUUCAUGUGUUCGGUAUUGUGAGCCAUCAUGCUGUGACAUCAUCAUGAUCAUGCCGUAGUCAUCACUGUCUGGAAUCAUGUUCAACACAGCCUGAUGGCAUGUGAUGUAAGCUAGGCCAGCUACAGGACUGCAUUGAAGAAGACCUGUCGGUGCAAACUUCAGAACACACCGCAAAGGGUUACGGGUCUAUCAUACCACAUGUGUGACAGCCGCGGCCAGCAUAUCCGCUGCCCUGUAUUGAGUGCUGUGUUGAGCUUAUGCACUCUAUACAUGACCCGCCGGAUAUCCAGGCUAUUCACGGUAUCAGUCCAGCUGUUGAAAUCAUGCGUGCGUCGCAGUGCACAGUGUUCUCAAUACCAGCACAGCUAAGCUUGCACAUACGCCUCUAGUAUGCAUGCCGCCGGACCAUGGUGUGACUCAGUGUCCAGGUGUACGAUGUCCAAACAUGCAUUUUAACUUAGUAGUUUGCUUUGUGAAUGAUGCACGUGCGCUGGAGGUGCGUGUUACAGCCACUUGUCGGUGUACUAGUACGCUGCAUACUCAACGCGAGCUUGAUUGUAUCGAUUACUUGUGUAAGUCUACUAUUUGAGAUAGAUGCCUGAUGUACAUGUAUAGUGACAGUAAUCUAGUCCGCGAUGCUGCUAUCAUGGCGUCCUUCGACCCGGUUUUGCCUGCUGUUACUCACCAGUUCUGGAUUUCCACAACAGCAGUAUUCCCGCUAGCACAUAGCCUAUUAGUGUUACUUCCCGCAGCAGUUCAUCCCGCACAUGUUGUCCCGGCUUGAUUUGACUGUGACAUUACUGGGUCGGCCAUUUCUCUAGGCUCUUCCUUGCUAUUCCUUUGAUCUCUUUAAAAUUAAUCCACUGCUGAAUUUAAGGCUGUCUACAACAGUAUCCCACAAUUUUCACGAACAUCACCAGACUCUACAUAAAAAUAAUGAUAUGUUCCAAUAAGGAAGCCGGUUCCAAUAUUCCAAUAAUUAUUCCGAUACUGAUUAUUCCAAUAACCAAAUAUCCCGGUUUGA